AUACUAAUGUUUCAACAUCUGAUAUAAUUUGUGAAAGAUGUAUGAAGAUAGCAAUAAAGAGUUAUAAAUUCAUUAAAACUACGCAAGAAAACUCAGAGCAGUUAUGCAAAGUAAUAGAUAUUAUUUCUAAUUCUUUGGAAAGUACAAAACAUGAAAGAGAUGUAUGUCAAACACUUUACAUUUCUUUAGAUCCAGAAAAUUAUACAAGUCAAUUGUUCUAUGAUUACAAUCAAGUUUCAAAACCUUAUUUAACUAACGCUAUAGAGAGAUUUCGAUCUAUAAUCAACACAGAAGAAAUGCAGCCAAGUUCAGAGUACCGAUCUGAAAUAAAAAUAGAAGAAGAUGAAUCUGACUUUAUCAAUAUUGAAAAAAGAAACCAUAAACACAAAUUUAAAACAAAGCAUAGAAAUAAUGUGGCAAUACCUACUAGUGAAAUGCUUUACGAUAAAAAUAAUAGAAAAAAUUUAAUAUGUAAAGGCUGUUUAAAGGAUUUUCCAUCUCUGUCCAAUUUGAGAAACCAUUAUAUAAGAGUUCAUGCACCAAAAGUCUUCAAAUGUUCAGUGUGUCAUAGAAAAUUUGGUUCCCAAUCAAUCUUAGAAGCCCAUAAAAAGGAAAGUCACUGUACCCUUAUAUGUAUGGAGUGUGGUAAAACAUUUCAUAAUAGACAUACACUUAGGAUGCAUGAGAUGGGUCAUGGAGGGCUCAAAUUAGUAUGUCAAGCUUGUGGCAGAACAUACAAAAGUCAUACAACAUUCAAGAAACAUAUAGAACUGAAUAUAUGUGGUCAAAAAACCCGAGCAAAUCCUGCUGAAGCCAAGUUUACAUGUGAUUAUUGUAAUAAAAAGUACACUCAAAAGGUGUCCUUGAGAGUUCACAUACAACAUGAGCAUGGCAACUACAAAAGUCAUGAAUGUAAAUGGUGUAAAAAGAAAUUCUGGGCACUUAGUCGGUUAAAUGCUCACAUAGUGAAACAUACACAAGAAAAAAAGUUUCAUUGUAACAUAUGUGGGGGUAAUUUUGUUACAAAGGAGUCUUUAUUAUACCACACGCGUAUCCACACGGGUGAAAAACCUUAUAAAUGUGAGCAUUGUGAAAGAAGGUUCAUUUCAUCAUCUCGGAGAGCUGAACAUGUGAAAAAUCACCAUUUAAAUGCUACUUUGGAAUGUGAUAUUUGUCAUAACAAGUUCAAAACACAGCUAUGGUUGGAGAAACAUAAAAGGACACAUUUAGACAAGAAUAAUGGCACAAACUUAAUUAGACAAGCUCUAGCCAAUGAUUAUGAAAUUCAAAUGUCAGAGGAAGAUAAAAUUUAUCUAGAAGUAUCUGAUUGUGAAGAUUAUUGCUUAUGAUUG